AUGCGGCACUUUGCGCCAUACUGGACCAGGACCGUGGUCCAGCCAUUCAUGCUCAAUUUCGACGCGCCUCGCGACAUGACGACGGCAGACUAUUCGAGCACGCAGCCGACGCUGGUCCUCCACCGUGUCCAGUCCGGCGUCUACUUCGAGGACGAUUCGUGGUCCGACGACGAUCCGGCGGGCCUCGUCUGGCUGAACGCCAACCUGCCGAGGUGCCACGAGCACGACAGGGACAUCGAGGGCGUUCGACAGCGAUGGUGGGCCGACGGCGACAGGCCGGCAUGGCUUCGAGGACCGCGUCCGUACACAGACGAAGACAUCGAGGAGGCGAGGCAGAGACAGGUCCCCGAGCAUGUGCCCAUUCCCAUGCUCCGCCUCCACCAGGCGAGAAUUGGCGGCGAGCUGCCCGACUGGGGCCGAGACGCCGACGUCUGGACCUCGCAGCUGGGCUGA